UACUUCAUUUACUAUCAAAACAACACAAAAGUUGACAUUCUUUUUUUUCUAUCGCAACUGCGAAUGGAGAAAAAUACAAUUUUUUAAGAAACAUCUGUGCGCCAUGAGCAAGGAUUUACAAAGCAAUCCAUCUGUGACCAGUUAGUUUCAAUAUUGUAAUCAGUUGCACUUUGACAUCAAUUUUGUUUGUUUAUCUGCAGUUUGCAUUGUAAAUGUCAUAACUAAAUCGAGAGCGUCAAUUAAGUUUAACUAAAUCAAAUAUAGGGAUAGUGUGUUAAGGUGAAUUUUUUCGGUAGUUUAUAGUGUUUCUUUUUAUAUUUAUUAUGUUGUGUAUGACAGUGACAUAAUAGAAAGACUGGUUUCGCGAUAAAUAUGUAAAGUAUCUCAAAUAAAGUUCGAACGAAUACUGUCAAAACAAAUCAAAUCUAGCACAUUUUCACCACACGUAUCAAAUGCGAAUCUCAUCUCUAAUUGGAAAGAUAAAUUUGAUUUAAAUUCUACGCACUGUCGCGCCAUUAAUAGAAAUUGAAAGAAGAAAAUACGAAAAGCAAAAGGACACCAUGGAAGGAAUGUUUUCACGCAUAAAAACAAAAGUGUUAAGCGCUGUAAAUUUGGAUAAUAUACCACAUACACAUACAAACCCAAGUGGCAUUACAAUUGGUGUUGCGGAAUUGCCGUCAUCGUCGUUUUCGUCGAACCGUCAUGUUGAUAAUAGAACGUUGCCGAAUAAAUUCACAUACAAUCGACCGACAUUCCUACAAUUGAUGACACAAGAUGAGCUUCGCGCCUCUGCCGAUCAUAAUGUACGUCCAAUUAUUGUACCUAGAGACAUAUCGAUAAUGCCAUUGAAUACGGGAUACGCGGAAUGCGUUAAUUCAGGCAAAUCUGAAUGGAAUGAAGAUCAAGCAGCAUUUUAUCGACAAAUUUUAACACAUCCCACAAAUAAAGAUGAACCUGGUCUACCUUAUACUUAUUUUGGAAUAUUUGAUGGUCAUGCUGGAUUUGGCGCAGCUUUAGCAGCAUCACAUCAAUUCCAUUAUAUUUUACAUGAAAAACUGGUGGAUGUAAUUGAUCUAUUGGUCACAUCAGAUAAUCAACAAUCGGCGGCACAACGUUCGAAAUCGAUUGAUAAUAUUCCAUAUCCGAUGGCAUUUUAUCGAAAUGUUUCAAAAGAUGAACUCAUCAUUGGUGCAUUGGAGAGUGCAUUUUUGGAGAUGGAUGCCUUACUAGCUGGUGAUCGAAAAAAAUAUCGAAAUGCUGGCGGUUGUACCGCUCUAGUUACAUUAUUUAUAAAUGGAAAAUUGUUUGUUGCGAACGCAGGCGAUUCUCGUUCAAUUCUAUGUCAACGCUUGCCAACUACCGAAUUAAAUGGAAUUUUGAAUGGAAAUGUAGGCAACAGUACAAGCGAUCUGAACGAUUCAAGUGCGAUUAAAAAUGGAAAUGACAAUGGCAUUGAUAGUAAUGCCAAUGGUGAGACGGAUAAAAAAAUGUGGCACGUAUUUCCAACACCAAUGUCAUUUGAUCACACACCUGAAACGGAACGGGCACGUCUCAUGAAUACAGCUCAAUUGAAUCCAUAUUUGAUGGCCGGUGAAUAUGUUGCCACUGAGUAUGCAAAACGACCAAUGCAACGUGAUCUGGGCAAACGUGUACUUUAUCGGCAUGGUUCGAUGGUUGGUUGGGCGUAUAAAACGCUCACCUUUGAUGAUUUAAAAAUUCCAAUUGUUACGGGUGAAGGUAAGCGAUCGAGACUAUUGGGAACGAUAGGUGUUACACGCGGUUUUGGUGACCAUGAUUUACGUGCUUUAUGCACUGGCCUAUCGAUAAAACCAUUUUUAUCACCACAUCCUGAGGUGGUGUCACGAGAUCUGACCAAAGUUGUGUCAUGCCCUAAAGACAAUAAUGAGGACGGUGAAUAUGGUGUUUUGGUGAUGGCCACCGAUGGUUUAUGGGAUGUUUUGGACAUUGAUACGGUUAGUAAAACGGUAUUCAAUACACUAAAUAAAUAUCCAGUUGAAAAACAUCGUUAUACGAUGGUUGCACAAGAAUUGGUCGCAAAAUCACGUGGUCGUGCAAAUGAAGCCGGCCAUUGGCGCUUGACCGAAAGUAAAGCGGCCGCAACUGUUGAUGAUAUCAGCGUUCUAGUGAUUCCAGUCUAUCAAUACUACAAAGAGUAUAUUGAAUGGAAAACUGGAUAUUUGCAUCGAAAACAAAAUCUCAAUACGGAUGAUGAAUUGCCGGAGGAACAUAAAGGCGAAAUUCAAAUAGAUAAAAACGCUGAUUUGGCAACGUCAUUCAAUUCAAUUUCAGUCAAAAGCGAUAGCAUUUUCGAGGCCGAAGAGGCCAAAGCUGAAACUGAAACCAAUGCAAAUGAACCGAAACCAGAUGAUAAACAUACAGAGUUCCAUGUAAAUGGAAAACUUGAGCCAGACCAAGAUAACCAGAUGUAAAAAUUCUCGUAGAAGUUUUAUGCGCAGUUUUAUUCCAUUGAUAAACAGAUUUUGUAUCACAAAACUCGUCACAAUAUACAUCUUAGCGCUUCGAUAACAUCCAAAAAUUCUUUGAAUUUUUAAAAUAAUCUCUUUCUCGUACACUAACUAUCACAAAGCAUAAAUUCUGUUGCACAAAGCCUUAAAAACUCGAUGAAAUUAUCUGAAGCUAUGACGCAGUCAAAACAAGCUGGUAUUGUAAAAAGAAUGAAUAAUCCGACAUUCUGUAAAGAAUAUGAAAGCGUCCAAGAAAGUCUUCAUUCAUCAUACCGAUAUUUACGCAGUUGGAAAAUUGUUCUGAACAAAGUACAUUCAUAGAUUUUCAAAGCAUUAAUUGGAUAACCGAAAGCGAUAAGCUAUGCAAAUGUCUAAUAGUACUUACUUCUCUGUUUGUUUAUUCUGUUUUUCUUUCAAUCAAUAAGAAACGCCGAAAACAUAGAAUAUAAUUUUGAAAGGUUUCGAUUUCGGAGGGAAACACACAAACGAUACAAAAUGGUCUAUUUAUGAAUGUUUUAAAUGGGUCGCAGUGUAUAUAAAACUUCAAAUGUACAAACCUAAAUACUGCGAUCAAUUCCGCGUCAUCACAUAUGGAUUCACGCAUACGGUAGAUGUGGCAUGAGAUUUACUUACUAUUAUUUAAUAUUCUGGAAAGCAACAUAUAAUUCAAAAUUGUAUUAUUAAUUUUUAAGUUAUCUAAUGUGCAAUUUAAACAUUUUGGCACCAAACAAGAAAAAAAAUGACACAACAAACACCCUUUGGCACUCGAAAAAUACAUAACAAACCAUCAAUUUAAAGAAAAGAGUACAGAAAUCUGAAAAUAUUCACAUAUUUAGAAAUAAAUAAAGGAGAUUCAUUUCGUUUAUAUAAAUUGACGAUGAUUUAAUCGUCUUUUUCCUGCCGAUUAAGCAUAUGUAUUUAACAUUGUUAAAUGUCAAGUGGUUUAUCAUUUUAAUUUAAAGAUUUUCAAAUAAAUUUAAUCAGUAUAUGAAACACUUGAAA